GGCAGGAUGGAGGUGAUGGAGUUGCGCUGCACGGUGGUUGUGGAGCAGCCGCUGCCGGGGGGACAGGGCCCGCGGCGCCGCGUGAUGCGGGGCGCGUUGGUGCUGCUGGGCCGCAACGAGCUGCGGCAGCCGGUGCUGCGCGUGGUCGGCGGCAGCAGUGGGGCGGCGGCGGUGGUGCUGAGCUUCGUGCUGGUCGGUGAUGCCGUGCGGCUCUUCACACGGUUCGCGGGGGAAGGGCGGGCGGCGGUGCGGGUGGGCCCGGGCGGUGCCCAGGUGCUGCUUUCUGACUGCCCCCCGGACGCGCUGCGCCGCUUCCUCCGCCUCCUGCGGCUCAAGGUCGCUGGUGGAUCGAGGGGCGCGCCGCGCUGCCCCCGCCUGCUGGACCGUCCACCGCCAGCGUUCACCGUCAUCAGCCCGCUGCAGGAGCGAGACCUAUUGCAUGCCCCCGGCCGCCUCAGCGGCGGCGAGGCACGAGGUCAGCGCCCGGCGGAGGUUUCCCGCGUGGAGAGGCGGCCUUCGGCGAGGCUCUCGGCAGAGCAGGAGGCAGUGCUGGGUGCAGUGAAGAGUGGGAAGAGCAUCUUCUUCACCGGCUGUGCAGGUGAGGGGAUUCAUCAAGGGACCGGGAAGUCGUUCCUUCUGAAGAAAAUCGUGGGGUCCCUCCCUCCGAAAAGCACCUAUGCUACAGCCAGCACGGGAGUGGCAGCUUGUCACGUCGGUGGCACCACUCUCCAUGCCUUCGCAGGGAUUGGCUCUGGGAAGGCACCACUGGAACAGUGUAUUCAGCUGGCAGAGAGGCCUGGUGUGCGGCAGCACUGGCUGGCCUGCCAGCACUUAAUCAUUGAUGAAAUCUCAAUGGUGGAUGGCAAGUUCUUUGACAAGCUGGAGGCAGUGGCAAGGGCAGUCAGAAAACGGGAUGAGCCAUUUGGAGGAAUUCAGCUAAUAAUCUGUGGGGACUUCCUGCAGCUACCCCCAGUUUGCAAGGCUAAUGAAGAAACCAAGUUCUGCUUCCAGGCAAGAAGCUGGAGGAAGUGUAUCCACAUAAACAUGGAGCUGACUGAAGUGCGGAGACAGACUGACAAGACCUUUGUCUCACUCCUGAGUGCAGUCCGUUUAGGCAGGUGCACAGAGGAGGUUACGAGGCAGCUUAUGCAGACGGCUACUAACAGGUCUGAGCGUGAUGGGAUCGUGGCUACACGGCUCUGCACCCACAAAGAUGAUGUGGAAAUAACCAACGAGAGAUGCUUGCAACAGCUGUCAGGAGAACUGCACACUUUUGAAGCUUUGGACAGUGACCCAAUGCUAAUGAAGUUAAUUGAUGCUCAGUGUCCUGUGGGUGGUAGAGUUGAGCUAAAACUUGGAGCUCAGGUGAUGCUAGCUAAGAAUCUGGAUGUGUCUCAAGGGCUGGUGAAUGGGGCACGAGGAGUUGUUGUAGGAUUUGAAAAUGAGCAGAAGGGGCUGCCUAAGGUGAGGUUUCUCUGCGGGAUCACACAGGUCAUCAAAAUGGAGAAAUGGGUCUUCAAAGGACCAUCAGGAAUUCACCUGAGUCGGCAGCAGUUGCCGUUAAAAUUGGCAUGGGCCAUUUCCAUUCACAAGAGCCAGGGCAUGUCUUUAGAUUGUGUGGAAAUCUCCCUGUCUCGUGUCUUUGAAAGCGGCCAGGCUUAUGUAGCCCUCUCCCGAGCCCGCAGCCUCGCAGGUCUUCGUGUUCUGGACUUUGAUCCAAAAGUAGUGAGAGCUGAUCCUUCUGUGUUGCAGUUCUAUAGACAGCUGAGACGUCAUCAGCUUCUGACCCAGGAUUCACUGCACACCCAUUCAGAUGAUGAUGAGAAGGAGAACAGGAAAUGCAGCUGA